AAAUUAUAAUAAUUUUCAUAAAUUUAGAUUCAUGUUUGACAGUCUCUACUUGGAAUUGUUUUCAAAUUUAACAUAUAGAUAUUACAGUUACUUAUACUAGAUAGUCGAUAUACUUGAAACAGUUGAAACCAGCACAAUAAUUUACGUAGAUAUUCAUCAUUAUAACAACAUUUCUAAAAUGGACAGAAGGUUAAUGAAUAUAAUUAUAUCGGGCUUUGGAUUUAUGUUUGUAUUUGCAUCUUUUUUUACCGUGAGCAAUAUCGAGGAAACAGUAUUGAAAAUUAUUGAAAAAGAAGACCCCUCAUUUACCGGCGAUGGGUACACAAGUCAAUGUAUCAUAUAUAGCGUGUUUGCUCUAUGCAACUGGUUGGCACCGACAAUAAUUGGUAUGAUUGGUAGCAGGAAAUCUAUUUACUUGGGAUCGAUAUGUUACGUAUUAUUUUUGAUGCCGUUUUUCUUGCCGUCCAAAUUUCUGCUGUACACAAUAUCUGCGUUGUUGGGUUUCGGUGCGUCAUUAAUUUGGACAGGACAGGGCACUUACCUUACUUUGAAUUCAGACUCAUCGACUAUAUCUAGAAAUUCAGGAAUAUUUUGGGCCAUGUCGACAAUAAGCAUCUCUAUCGGAAAUGUUUUUAUGAUAUUGGUGUUCCGUAACAAGACUGAGUUUAACAAAUCCACCAGAACUUUGGUAUUCACCGUGCUGGCAGUGGUGUGCGGUUUUGGUACGUUUAUACUGAUGGUCUUGCGUCCACCCGUGGACGCCGAAGGCAAGGAAAACGAAGUAAAUUUAUGGAAAUCAAACAGUAUGAAUCCAAAACAAAAAAUUAAGGAUUCAGUGAGGCUUUUGAUGACUAAGCACAUGCUUAUGCUAAGCACAUUAUUUUUGUUUACCGGUCUGCAUAUAUCGUUCUACAGUGGUGUAUACAGUUCAUGUAUUGCGUUCACUAAGUCUAUUAGCACUAAUAACGAACAAUUGUUAGGUUACACGGGACUACUGGUCGGAGUCGGCGAAGUUAUAGGUGGUUCAUUGUGCAGCAUUUUAGGUAAAAAGUCAUCAAGAUCUAAUUCAAAGUUCAAUGGUCUAAGUCGUUCGACUGUGAUAAUUAUAAGUUUUUUCAUUAACAUCGUAGCGUACGGCUUGAUAUUUGUAAAUUUACCAAAUGAUUCUCCAUUCGGCGAUACUUACACAAAAUCGAUUAUCAAGCCUAAUCAACACCUGGCUGUAUUUUGCAGUUUCCUCUUGGGUUUAGGAGACAGUGGUUUUAACACGCAAAUAUAUAAUAUGAUCGGAGUCAAGUAUUCGGAUAACAGUGCUUCUGCCACGUCAUUAUUGAUGUUUAUGCAGGCAACAUCAGCAGCCAUUAACUUCUUUUACAGCAAUCAAUUUGGAAUCUAUAUACAACUUAUCAUAUUGACAAUCGUAAUGACCAUCGGUACUUUAUCGUAUAUUGUUGUGGACAAAAGUGUUACCCAUUAAAUGAUUUAAGAACAAGAACGAUAAAAAUUUUCAAAUUUAAUUAGAAAAAAUAUUUUCGGUUUUAACUCUUGGGUUAUAUUCGUAUUAUGAUAAAAUUGAUGACUCGUGUUUAUACCGAUAAUAAUAAUUUCAGUAUACAGUAAUUAUUAUUUG